GUAGUACAUUGUACAACGCGCCGGUAGUUGGUCGAACCUUUCAAACCAGUCUGCGUUGUUCAAAAGAAACAUAGUGCUGCGUUUGAUUAAUUAAAUUAAAAGCUCAAUAAUUCGUAAACAUAUAAAUAUGUCGGUACCGAAAUACUUCGAGUUGGAAGGUGGAGAUCGUAUGCCGCGCAUAGGAUUUGGAACUUGGCAGGCUCCAGGGGAUGUCCUAGAGAAAGCAGUGGAGGCAGCACUAGAGGCUGGCUACCGGCACUUCGACUCAGCUCGCGCUUACGAGAACGAGGAUGCUCUCGGGCGCGCGCUCAACCGGUGGAUCGGAGGAGAUCCCGCCAAGAGGAAGGAGUUGUUUGUCGUCACUAAACUGCCACCACCAGGCAAUAAGGCUGAGUUAGUGGAACAGUACUUCGAGGCGUCACUCCGCGACCUUGCCUUAGACUACAUCGACCUGUACCUGAUACAUGUACCGUUCGGCUUCGAACACGUGCCGGGGGACCUGCAUCCCACGAACCCCGAUGGAAGUAUGAAGGUGGACUAUUCAACAGAUCUUGUCGCAGUGUGGAAAGAAAUGCUCAAAAUAAAGGAAUCUGGUCGAGCCCGCCAUGUUGGAGUGUCAAAUAUGAGCGAGGAGCAACUGAACAGAUUGAGCGCUAUUGGGAAACCGGAGUGUUUACAAGUGGAGGUCCACGUGUUGUUCCAGCAGAAAGAACUGAUCGCAGCUGCCAACCGGCUUGGGAUUCCGAUCGUGGCAUACUCUCCUCUGGGCUCCAAGGGACUAGUAGAUAUGCUGGCAACUAAAACAGGGCGAGACUAUCCUAGCCUCCUGGAGCUGCCCGCGGUCGUGAACAUCGCGAAGGCACACUCUCGUACGCCAGCGCAAGUGCUUCUGAGAUUCUUGCUGCAACAUGGAGUAGCUUGCAUUCCAAAAAGCACGGACCCUACGAGAAUAAAACAGAACAUUUCUCUGUGGGACUUCGAGCUAAGCAAAAAUGAAAUGCAAGAAUUAUCAGCACUAGACCGUGGGGUGGACGGGCGCAUCUGCGAUUUCAGUUUCUUUAAGGGUGUAGAGACACAUCCUGAAUUCCAUUUCAAGAAUAUGAAUAAAACGAAAUAAGAUAAACCAAUCUCAUAUUUGUGUUGACUCAAUCAUCACAACAAAUUCAAUAUAAUACGUAUGUCUACGUAGGUGACUUAUUUAAGCAAAUGUAUGUAAUAAUGACUUGUUUACGACAAUCAAUUCGUUGAAGAAAACAUUUAUCUAUAUUAUUUUACUAAUAUAAAUUUUACUGGUUGACAAAUUUA